UAUAUCAACCAAGCUAUCGACUUUUGCAUCCGAUACCACCGAAACCACGCAAACAAAAAGGAAACAAAACAACACUUUUUGAAACUCAUUCUGUUUACUGAUUUACCGGAAUUUGCUGUUGUGCGCCGUGAAUUAGCUGAUAAAAUUAUUUAACUUUUGAAAAAGGAGCGAAAUAGGACAAAAAUCAUGUCGGAUUCCGACUAUUUUGGAUUCGAACUGGUGUACAAAUCAGUCGAACCAUUCAUCCAAACGAAAUCCGACGUACUGAUGGCGAUCGUCCAUUGGUACCUAAUUAAAAAUUCAUUCCGAAACGUUGGCCUCGGAGAUGACAAAACACUUUCUGAGUCAGAGGAGAAGAGCGAACUCUUGCCCGAGGGAUGGAACAGUAAUCCGCACUCAUAUGCCCUGCGAUACGUCAAUAACGACCAGCUCUAUAUUCUGCACGGAAUCAACAGCGAGGGGACGAUGAUCCUGAACCUGUUGCAAGUCAAAUCGCUGAAUGUAUCGAACACCACUUUUCAAAUCGAUGAAACGGUGAAAGCUUUGAAGGGCACUAUUUCGACCUUGGUGCCAGACGUGGCCACCGUUUUGGACCGAGUUCGCAAAGAGUUGCUGGUGCCGGUGUUCGAGAGCAACAAGAAGGAUGGUGAGACUCAAACAAAGAAGGAAUCCGAGAAGAUCGACCUAGUUGACCCGUUGCGUCGACCGGUUAACCCAUUACUAAUCGGACCACGCUUCGGGCCCGGAAUGACGGGAUCCGACCCACUGGGAGUGGGUAAUGUAGGUCGCGGAGAUCUGGACCCUUUUGGCCGUGGUGGGGGGAUGAUUUUCGAGCCACCUGGUGGGUUCAAUCCGUUGGCAAAUCUUCGUCGUCCCGGGCCCAGUGGAAUCGUACCCGGAGCACGAUUCGACCCAUUUGGUCCCACGGUCGGCACCAAUCCAAGAGCGUUCCGCAAUCCGGAUCCCGAUCCAGACCACAUGCCACCCCCCGGAUACGAUGAUAUGUUCAUGUGAAGUAAAGGAUUUGCGCAUUUUUCAGAAGAAGACUCAACUUGAAUUCGUAUUUUGUAUUUUAUCAAUUUGAUUAAAAUGGAAUGAUAAAUGUUA